AUGAAGUACACAAGCAAAGACUUCAGUCAAACAAAACACAAAUUAAGAACUGCAUGCACGUGGCAAGUGUGGGCCAUCUACAUGGUCCUAGCUGCAAACCUCUCUGAGGAGCAAGUGCUGAAGCAGGCUUGUCCGUCGUGUGACGCCACUCAGCUUUGCAACUGCUCUUCCAUGGGCUUGGACUUUGUGCCACAGGGGCUAACAGGCAAAAUCACAGUGUUAAACCUGGCCCACAACAGGAUAAAGCACAUCCGAUCCCAGGAUCUGCAGCAGGCUGUGAACCUGAGAGCCCUGCUGCUGCAGUCCAACAAAAUCAGCUCUAUAGACGAGGACUCAUUUCUCUCCCUUGGGAAACUGGAGCUCUUGGACUUAUCAAAUAACAGUUUGGCUCACUUGUCCCCUGUGUGGUUUGAGCACCUUUUUUCACUCCAGCACCUCCACCUUCAAGGGAAUUCCUACAGAGACCUGGGGGAAAGCUCCCCCUUCUCUAGUCUGAGGAAUCUGAGCUCUCUCUACCUGGGCAACCAAUGGUUCUCCACAAUAAGGCAAGGGAACUUUGAGGGCAUUGAGCUUCUUGACAAGUUGUGGAUUGAUAGUGGUAAUCUCAAUCAGUAUGAGCCAGGAAGUUUGAAAUCAAUUAAGAAGAUAAAUCACAUGAUCAUAAACCUAAGAAUUAAUAACCUGUUCUCAGCAAUUGUCAGUGAUCUUGUGCACUCUGUUGUGUGGUUAGAAGUGAGAGACAUCAAAUUAGAGACUGCAGAAACAAGCUUGGUGCAGAACUCUACACUCCCUUUUAGGAUGAGGAAACUUACAUUUAAAGAUUCUUCAGUCACGGAUCAAUAUAUUAGCCGAAUGCUGGUGUUACUGAAGGAAAUCACAUCAUUGCAAGAGCUAGAGGCAAUUGAUUGUGUGCUUCAGGGGAAAGGAUCAUGGAAUAUGGAAGAAAUUACAAGGAGUGGGGAAGGUUUUGUUCAAACAGUAUCACUAAUAAAUAUAAUUAUUCCAAAUUUUCAUUUGUUUUUUGACCUGGACGGCAUACAGUCACAAGUAAUCAAUCUGAAAAGGCUCACCAUUGCAAGCUCUAAAGUUUUUAUGGUACCAUGCAGUCUUGCAAGAUAUUUUUCAUCACUUCUGUAUCUGGACUUUCAUGAUAACUUGCUUGUAAAUAAUCGCUUAAGUGAGACAAUCUGUAAGGAUGCUUGGCCUUCAUUGCAAACUUUAAAUCUAAGUCAAAACUCUCUAAAAUCUUUAAAGCAGACUGCAAAUUCUGUAACUCAUUUACCCAAAUUGAUUAAUCUUGACAUUAGCCAAAAUAAUUUUGGUGAGAUUCCAGAUGUGUGUGAAUGGCCCAAAACCCUGAAAUAUUUAAACCUCUCCAGCACUCAAAUUCCUAGACUAACCACCUGCAUUCCCCCAACAUUGGAAGUUUUGGAUGUUAGUGCUAACAACCUAAGGGAGUUUGGACUGCAGCUCCCAUUUCUCAAAGAGCUGUACCUUGCUAAAAACCAGCUGAAGACCUUACCUGGUGCCGCACCCGUUCCCAACUUAGUGGCUAUGUCAGUCAGAAGAAACAAGCUCAACAGCUUCUCCAGGGAGGAGUUUGAAUCCUUCAAGAAAAUGGAGCUGCUAGAUGCCAGCGACAACAACUUCAUCUGCUCCUGUGAAUUCCUUGCUUUCAUCCAACAUGAGGCCAGGAUAGCCCAGGUGCUGGUGGGCUGGCCGGACAGGUACAUCUGUGACUCUCCCCUGGCUGUGAGAGGGGCAGAGGUUGGAGCUGUGCACCUCUCCUUGAUGGAGUGCCACAGAUCCCUUGUGGUGUCGCUGAUCUGUGUCCUGGUGUUCCUGGUCAUCCUCGUCCUGGUGGCCCUCAGCUACAAGUACCACGCGGUCUGGUACCUGAGAAUGACCUGGGCCUGGCUCCAAGCCAAGCGGAAGCCAAAGCGAGCCCCCCCCAAGGACAUCAGCUACGAUGCUUUUGUCUCCUACAGCGAGAACGACUCUGACUGGGUGGAAAACAUAAUGGUGCGGGAGCUGGAGCAGGCCUGCCCCCCCUUUCGGCUCUGCCUCCAUAAGCGAGACUUUGUGCCCGGCAAGUGGAUCGUGGACAACAUCAUCGACUCCAUAGAGAAGAGCCACAAAACGCUCUUUGUGCUGUCCGAGCACUUUGUGCAGAGCGAGUGGUGCAAAUACGAGCUGGACUUCUCCCACUUCCGCCUCUUUGACGAGAACAACGACGCAGCGAUUCUCGUCCUGCUGGAGCCCAUCCAGAGCAAAGCGAUUCCCAAGAGGUUCUGCAAGCUGCGGAAGAUCAUGAACACAAAGACCUACCUCGAGUGGCCUCUUGAAGAAGAGAAGCAGGAGAUGUUUUGGGAAAACUUGAAAGAAGCCUUGAAGUCUUAG